UUGCUCCAUGGAAUUACCAAGCCUUUGAGGAUGCAUCUCCUCAUAGAUAUUGGCUUCAAAUUGAAGCAACUGACAUCAUGAACAGAUCAACUUUGACUGAAUUAAGGCCAUUUUCUAUUAACGGUCAUAGUGUCAAGCUUUCUUGGAGCUGGAAGGAGUUUUUUGUUAUGGGUUGUCAAUGGCCUGCCUUGUAUUAUCCAAUGUUCUGGUCUUCCUACAUCUUCUGUUCUUUUUCUUCUUCUUCUUCUAAUCAUUCUACUUAUUUUUCAAAAGAAGCUUUACACGUACAAGAACUUCAUUGCCACCAGAGGUCUCGGCAAUGGUGUAUUAUGGGUUCAGGAGUUCAGGAGGGUUCGCACAUUAUGGUUUGGUUUUAUUGGAUACUUAUUUUAUCUCAUAUUAUUCCCCUGGUUUAUUGGUCAAGUAUUUACAGAAGGGAACAACAGGGGAUACAUGACCUACAUGGGUUGGGUUGUGAAGAAUCCCAAUGAAAUAUGGAAUCAUGAUUAUAUUGGAUCUCCAGAUAUUAUGAUGAUUGUUCUUCCUCAUCUAUUCUUCGUGCUAUUUCCAACAAUUUUGGUCUCCGCAGCUCUGACUGCAGAAAGAGGGAUUUAUCGGGAACAUAUGUUAUCACGUUCAGGGAAGAAAGUGGACGAUCAUGAUCCAAAGAUUCAAAGAACUGUAUCAAAUGAUGAACAGAGAAGCAGACUUUCAAAUUUCUGUUUAGGCAAGCGACCAAUUCGGACGAUUCUCUGUUUGAUAUGCUUGGCAAUAUGUUGGAAGCAUUUUAUGAAUUGCAGAAGUCUGAUGAAAGCCUAUGAGAUGAAUCCAAUUCUCCAUUUCCUGGGUUAUGGGCUCUCAGUUCCCAUCUUGUUGGCGUUUGCUAUCUGUGGAACCAGAGGGAUCCAAUGAGAAUGACCCAAAAUGUUCACAGUUACCCAACUGGACCAAGCCCUGCAUAUUUUGAACCGUGGCUUAUGACGUCAGAGGAUAAACUCUCGUGGUUGCUGUUAAAAUUAAUUUGAAGUGAUCCGUUGGGUUGAGGGCUGGACACUUUGCUUAGUACAGUUUCAGCAAUAUCAAUUAUUCGUUUGAUGCAGUGCACACUUAUUGUGGAUUUGCACGGAUCGGUAUCUUACAGGCCUGCAUUGUGAAGACUGAAUCUGAAAGAGCUCAUAGGUGCACCUCUUGCGCUAAAAAUAGGUACAGGAAACCAAUAGAAACUGAGUAAAUGGGUUUUCCCCAAACCUUUUUGUAAUUCCAACUUAGUUUAUCAGGUUAGAAAGUGGCUAUUUGCAGUUGAUCCCCCAUGACUUGCCACGUCAGUUGAUACGAUACAAGCCUCCAUUAAUCUCGAGCAGUUCUUAGAUAAACUUAUUACACGAAUAUAAAGUAAACUGAAUGAAUGUCCCUAGACCCUUCAGUCAUUUCAAUUAAUCAAGUUUUAUAUUUUAGAUUGUGGCUA